CAUGAUAACUCCCUAGGCAAGGAAUCCACGAGUCUGGACACUCGGCUCUAGUUCCGUAACGCCUGAACCGUUAAUUAUCUAGGGGCCCCGACUAUCAACACGAGUUACCCGCAAUUUAGAAACGCCAAGACAACACUUGCAUUCUCACUUCUUCAGCUACCAAGACUAGGGUCGACCCUAACCACGCAAGCUUCUCCAUUAUCCGCAGCAAUAGUCUUCAGCCGCUCACUGUCUGAUGACCCACCUCGAUUGAAGCCAGUGUGUGGAUCUGAUAUGGUGGGUGGGUAGUAGGAUUACAAGACCUAAUUACCUGGCAAGGAAUCAAGUACCACCUUUUCUCCCUUCGAUUUUACAUCUAGCAAACCUCUGUCACAUCUAUUUUUUUUCUUCUUUUUGUUUUUCCGUAGUAGGCAAGCAGGGAAAAGAUGGAGACUUAUCGCGGAUACGUACGAACACCCGCAGAUGCAAUCAAGCUCUUUGAAGCUUGUAGGCUGGGUUUACUGCCUCGAGUACAAAGACGAUUAUCGGAGAAAGAACGACAAUCCAUCACAUCUGGCUCAGUUUUUGUAUGGGAUGAGAGGGAAGCUGGUAUGCGCAGGUGGACCGACGGGAAAUCUUGGAGUGCGAGCAGGGUUUCUGGCAGCUUUCUCACGUAUAGAGAGAUGGAGGGUAAACGAGGCACCACAUUCGGUACAACGCGACGAAGUAACGGAAGGACACCUGAUAGCGGUCGACUUAGCGAGGAAGACCAGGAUGGUGAGCCGGAGGGUUAUAGAUACAAGGCGGAUGGCUUGAUGAAGCAAUCAUUCAGCAUAACGACGUCGCAGGGCCAGCACCUCCACUUGAUCUCAUAUUACUCCCGACCACACGCUGGGGCCGGCGAUAUGCUUCAGCCAACUACGGAUCCUCAACUUCGACAUAUUAUCCCUGUAAAGGGCAUGUAUCCCGAAUCAAGCCUUCACGAGACAAACCCGCCUGCUUUAACAAGGACACCUAUGCAGCCGUACACUACUCACAAUGGCAGUCUUGAGCAGCAACCCUAUAAUAACUAUCACGGUGCUUGGAACCAACAACCAUGGCAAGGCCAAUGGCCACCCUCACCCAAUCAGACUCCUCCCUUUAUGCAAGGGAAGCUGACACCAGAGAUGAAGCAUCAGGUUCGGCCUCAGCCGCAGCAUCCUCCUCCAAGGCCACAUCAACUACCCCCGCUACCGCCAACUUCAGCGCCUUCCGCCCAGGCUCCCAUUUAUCCCAAAGGUCUUACCUACGAGAGUGAUCGACUACCUCCGCCUACUCUAGCCAGACAUUACCCAGUACCUGGGCGUGCUCCGAGCCUCUCUCCGCAAUCCCAGCAUCUUCAAAUCCAAGCUGCCCAGGCCGCUCAGGCCGCACAAGCCGCGAAAGCUGCGCAAGCCGUGCAAGCCGUUAUAGAUCCCCGCCUAGCAGCAACAAGCGCACGCAAUCCACAGGGUCCACUCCCCGCGAUACCUACAGCAUCUCGAGGGUUGACGCCCCCAAGAAAUCAUUCUGUUUCGCCGCCAAGGCAAAUGACUUCGGAGAGCGUUAAUGGCAAUGCAAACAAAGCCAGCUUAUCAGCGCUUCUCAACCGGACACCAGCUAACUCCGAACCAAAUAGCGCAAAUCCGGGUAGCAAUAAUAGCGCGAGCAGUUCACCCCGAGCUCUCCCAGCGGGAGCAUCUGGUGUACCAGCACCCACGGAUAUGUUUAGAGGGGAGGAUAAUCGGGCAAUACAAUCUCUUAAUCGCAAAUUUUACCUUUGAGGACUCUUGAGGACUUCACGGUGGGAAUCCAGCUGGCAUUGGUCAGGCGUUCAAAAAUUGCAUUCAAGGCGAGGGGUAGGGCCUUGUCUUUUCUUUGGCAUGGUGUUUUUCUACUAUCUACUAGGCAUACUCAGCGGGUCGGAGUUACGGUUCAGCUUCACGAU